CAAAAAAUUAAAAACCGAAAACCAGAGCAAAGCUGAAGAAGAGAGCUCCGGUUGGAAUCUGCCUCAGUUAUAUUUCCAUUUGUUUUCUCUUCCAUCUCAUUUAAAACCAAAAUUGAAUUCUCUUCAAUUCCAAGACGAAACUGUCUCCUCUUCCAAAUCCCAUGCGUUAUCUCAACCCCCAUCAUCUCUUUUGAGCUCCCCCUUCUCGUCUUCCUGACCAUCUCAAAAUGCAAUCAGGGUUCAAUUCCGGGGGAGGUCUGCCGGAUUUUUACACCGGAGGAGGGAGAUCGGUCGGCAACACCAUGAACAACCACCCUUCGCAGCCUCAAUACAACCGAUCCCAACUUCCAGGGAUGUUUUUAGACCCGGCUGUCUCUCAGAUCGGUCGGCAGUCGCAGAAUCUGCACCAUGCUACAUCCGGGCUCAUCGGAAAAAGAACCCUGGCCGAGUAUCAAUUUCAUCAGCCUAUACCGUACCACCAGCAGAGCCUGACUAGUCAACAGAAUAUGUAUCUGCGGUCGCUCAAGCCGAGAACCACGGCGAAUUUUCAGCACUCGAGCUUUCAACACUCCUCCCCAAUCUCUCCUCUGUCUCCGAUUGAUUUCUCAUCAGGUUCAUCAUAUACAGGUUCGGAUAACUCGAGUUCUUCAACAACCUCAUCUCUGUUGUCGCAGCGUUAUGGGUUGCCGGUUCACCAACAGCUCCGUCCCCAGCCUAAUGUAAACCCGAGUUUUCAGGCGACCUCCUUGCCCUACAUCAACAACAGGAAUUCUCUCCAGCCUUUUCAGACUAGUCAGAGUACUAUUCAGAACCGGGUUUCGGUUUCGGCUUCGGCGAUUGAGUCCGAGAAGAAGAUGAUUAACCCCAUGAUUAACCCGGUUCUGGUUUCGGGUUCUGGUGAUUCUGAGAAGAAGAUGAUCGACCACAGGCUACAGGAACUGGAGAAGCAGCUCCUCGAUGAUAACGACGAAGAGGAGGAAGCCGGCGACGCAGUUUCGGUUAUUACUAAAACCAGCAGCGAUUGGACGGAAACUAUACAGAAUCUGAUCAGUCCAAAUCAGACGAUCCAGAAGCCGAUUUCGCCUUCCCCGACUUCCUCGUCGUCUUCGUCCUCCUCGGUGGUGUCUCCGGCGACCCUGACGUGUUCAAAGCAGUCACUUAUGGAGGCCGCAUCGGCUAUUGCAGAAGGUAAACCCGAGCCCGCGGCUGAGAUCCUUACUCGCCUGACUCAGGUGACCAAUCCGAGACCCAGUUCGGAGCAGAAGGUGCUUGACUUCAUGGCUUCGGCGUUGAAAUCCAGGGUCAACCCGGUGGAUAAUCCGCCGCCGGUGAAUGAGCUGUUCACUCCGGAACACGCCGGGUCCACUCAGUUUCUGUAUGAUCUUGUACCGUGUUUCAGGCUGGGUUGGAUGGCAGCUAACGUGGAGAUUCUGGAAGCUACAUUAGAGGACCAGUCGACGACCAAUAAGGUUCAUGUGAUUGACUUCGAUAUUGGGCAGGGCGGUCAGUACAAGCACCUCCUCCGCGCGCUCUCCACGCGCCAGAAUGGGAAUGGGAAGCCCUCGCUGCUGAAGAUCACCACCGUCGCCCCUGAUAAUAAUGGGGGCGAGGACAGGUUGAGAACAGUACGUGACAAUCUGAGUCAGGUAGCGAAGCAGCUGCGCGUGGGCCUUGAAUUCCACGUGGCGGUGAGUCACCAGCUGAGCGAGCUGAACCGGGAGGCUCUCGGCUGCGGGCCGGACGAGCCGGUCGCCGUGAACUUCGCGUUCAAGAUGUACCGCAUGGCGGACGAGAGUGUCUCCACGGACAACCCGCGAGACGAGCUGCUGCGGCGCGUGAAGGGACUCGCGCCGCGGGUGGUGACACUGGUCGAGCAGGAGCUGAACACCAACACCGCGCCGUUCAUGGCGCGCGUGAACGAGUGCUGCGCGUAUUACGGGGCCUUGAUGGACUCGAUCGAGGCGGUGGCGAAGGACAGCCCGGACCGAGUCAAAGCGGAGGAGGCGCUGAGACGGAAGAUAGUGAACUCGGUGGCUUGCGAAGGGAGGGACCGCGUUGAAAGAUGUGAAGUGUUUGGGAAGUGGCGGGCCCGGAUGGGAAUGGCGGGGUUCGAGCUAAGGGCAAUGAGCCAAAGCGUGACCGAGUCGUUAAGUCGACUCGACUACGGCAACCGAGUCCACCCGGGGUUCACCGUGAAAGUACAAAACGGUGCCGUUUGCUUCGGUUGGACAAGCCGCAAUCUCACUGUCGCAUCAGCCUGGCGUUAACUUCACACCCAGCUCCCUAUUUUCUUCUUCAUUUUUACAUUUUCUCUCGAUUAUUAUUAAUUGUUAUAAAUACCCCUCAUUAUUAUCGAA